UCUGAUGGAGUCUCCACCUUACGACAACGAAGAGAGAAGAUUAAAUAGAGAGAAGGGAGUUUACUAUUAUGCUGGGAUAGUCAUUGCUUACCAUUUUAUUAUUGGCUGCCUCCUUUUUAUGUGCUAUGGAGCAGAUGUUAAUGAGAAACACGUUGGAAUUCAUGCUAAAUUUUUGGUGCUCUUCACUGCUUGUAUCAGAAUUGCAGCCUUUGUCCCAUUUCUCUUAUUGAUGUUAUGCCUAAUAAAUCGAAGAUGCAUAUCGCCUAAUCAGUACCAACCCGCUUACUACUUCUUGCUUUUCCUGUAUCUGCCCUGGGCGGUGUAUUUGGUCAUUAGAUUUUUUGCAGAUGAUAAUCACACCAAAAAUGAAGCUGGAUUUUUGUAUGCAGCACUGCUUUUCCUAAUGAUUGAGGGAAUGAUACUUAUAUUCUUUGCUGUUUUAUCCCUCCUUAUUAUUUUAUUGAUUUGAAUUCUUGUGUGUUAUGUACGCAGAAGACAAGCAGAAAUUGAAAAUCAACAGGCUGAGAGAAAUGAAAGAGUAGCUAAUUUUAUUAAUAAAAUUGAUAUAUUUAAUGUGACUGGAAAAAGAUUUGAGGAUCAUGAUCUCUGUUGAAUAUGCUUUGAAAAUUAUUCUGAGGAACAUGGAACAGUUAUCCAGCUUCCAUGUUCUGGCCCUCAUUAUUUUCAUAAAGAAUGUAUUAUUCAAUGGAUAAGAGAAAAGAAUUUUUGCCCAAUUUGCAAAACCGAAAUCACUAUUGACGAUCUUAACAAUGCUAUUGAUGAAAGACAACAAGAGUCACAAGACUAUGGUACAAUAGAAAGAGAGGCUCAAAUUGAAUCUGAAGAAAGGAAAGAGCUAUCUCCAUCCCCUCCCGAAGGUGGCCAAACCACAUGGCGCGACCCCUAAACCCGACCAAGAAAUGCCCAUACCAAUAAUUUCAAUUCCAAACAU